AUGAUUAAUCUCGAAUUCGAGCUGGCCAAACGAGGCUACGACGUCGACACGACCUACAGACUGGGCAAGGGCGGCUUCGGAAAGGUCUACGCCGGCAGACGCAUCUCCGACAACACUCCGGUCGCUACAAAAUGCAUCGACUCGACCAUGGUCUGGCACUGGUCGGAAUAUCGCGUCCCCAUGGAAGUCUCCAACCUCCUCAAGGUCAGACUAAUUUCGGGUGCAAUUUACAUGUACGACUGGUUCAAAAUCGACCGCGGUGGACCAUACGUCAUCGUGACCGAGCGUUCCGAAAACGACGUUACCCUCGCAGAGUACCUCGACUGCUACAGACUUCGCGAACGCGAAGCCAUUCUACUUUUCAUCAAGAUAGUCAGAAUCGUCUACGACUGCUGGCUACUCUUUGGCCUGCUCCACUGCGACGUCAAAGAAGAAAAUGUGCUCGUCGACAUCGACACCGGAGACAUCAAGCUCAUCGACUUUGAUUUUGUUCUCCGCGACUCGGACAAACCAAGAACCUCCUUUUGCGGAACUCUCGAAUAUGCGCCGCCCGAAUGGUUCCUAGAGCACGAGUAUCUUCCCGAAGCGUCGGCUGUCUGGACUCUGGGUCUCUUAUUCUUUAGACUCCUCUUUCACGAGUAUCCCUUUCGCAGCUUCCAACAGAUACGAGACUUUAGCGAUCUAAACUACAACCCGAUCUUUAUUCGCUAUAAGCACACCUUUUCGCUAAACACUAUUCGGCUCCUGACUAGACUACUGCAGGUCAAGGGCAAGUCACGCAUGAGGCUAGUCACCCUCUAUAACGAACUUCGUCUCUUGACAAAGUAA